AUUGUGCAUUGAAAAAUCAAUACUGUUGUAGUUUUAUUCAGCAUUGCUAUUGCAAAAACUAAUUAGAAAAGUUAACAAGAUUUAAAACUAUGAAGUCGCAGCGGCUAAAAGAGGUGGUGUCAAUAGCCUCCAUUUUUAAAAAUACAUUUUUUACUCUGUGGUUUUAUUCUAUUUUUUUUGGUGUAAGCGUAGGUAUCGAUAAUAUACCGCGAAUAUUUUUCAGUAACUCAAUAAAUUUCAUUCCUGAUUUGCGAUUUGCGAUUUGAAUGUAAAGCUUGGCUUAUUACAUUUCUUUAAGUGUUUCGGACCUAAGUUCAGCGUGUAAAUGUGUAAAUAAGCAAUUAUACGAAAUGGCGGACGCAGUGCCCAUCUCUGACGUUUUGUGCGAGGCUAUGGAAUAUUUAUCAAAACUCGGCUCGAAUUUAAGAGUUCGUUCCGACAAUCUAAAGGAGAAAAGAAUACGCAAGGAUAAAUUAAGAAAUGUCCAUGCAGUUCAAAAAGCCGCAAACAAAGUACUUUUGAUUUGUCAACUGUCAAAAAAAUCUCUCGAAAACGUCGAAACCGGUGUUAAAAAGGUAUUGAAGCAAAUCGAUCUUUCUCAAGACCCAACGACAAGUGAUGGCGGGAGUUCAAGUUACAAAUCGGCGAAAAAUAAUAAAGUUAUCAGUUACGACUAUAUUGAGUAUGAUUCCCAUAGGUUACGAAUACGAAAGAAGGUUGAUAUGAAACAUUACACAUCAGUUAAAGUUUUAGCUAAAAAAAUGCCUAUUUCAAUGCAAGACAAAUAUCCUGUAUUUUUAAACUGUAAGCUGUAUCGUUUGAGAAGUGUAAAAUCCAUAGAACUUGAUAAGAAUAUCUCUGAUGACAUGCAUAAUAGCUCUCCGAAACACAGUGACGCAGACAAACAUGAAGAUAGUGAAUUUAGUAAUGAUAAAACUAUAGGUAGAUCUGAAAAUGAACUAAUUGAAUGUGAUAUAGUAGAUGAAAGUAAAUCACAAAGUAAGAAGUCAUUGUCCAAACAUUUAAAAUGGAAAUCUGAGAAAGACAUUGCUCAAUCAGGCAAUGAUCAGAAUGUUAGUGAUAAGGAAAUUGAUUCAUUAAAGGACUAUGAAUCGUCGUCUCUGCCACAAAGUGACCUCAAUGUCUCCCAAGAAAAAAGAAAGUCAAAUAAUAUUGAGGAUAAAACUACCCAACAAAACAAAAAAUCUGUUAGCGAUACUGCACAGAAAAUUCAAGAUACACAAAGUAAUGCCAAAGAGGCAUCAGAAAAAGACAGUGAAAACGAGACAAAAAAAAACUCCAAUAAAAAAUCACCACAAAACCCAGAAGAGAAGUAUCCAAGUUCAAAAAGCAAAGAAAUUGGUAAACAUAAAAAUAGACCAUCCACCAAAAUUUAUAAAUCUGAAAAAAGUAAAAAGUUUAAGCAUAUUAAAGUAAUUAAUGAUAGUUCAGAUAGUGAUGAGAACAAACCAAGUACUGAGGUUAAUACAGAAAAGAAAAAUUCAGUAAGAGAUUUGUCGAAAGAUUCUGAUGAGACUAAAACAGAUAAAACUAAUAAUUUUCAGGAAAAGGAAGAUGUUAUUGACAUUAGCAAUAGUAAAGAAAGAAUUGAUAUUACACAAGAUAAAAAUGCAAAUAAUGGGACCCUAAACAGCAGCACAAAUAAAGAGCAAACUGAAACUUGUGUAGAUGUAGUGGAAUUAAAUGAUUCAAGCAAUGAGGAAACAAACACUAAAAAUAAUGAAAGUAAGUCUGGUAAAGAAAGUGUAAAUGAAUCAGAAUCUGAAAAAAUGAAAGACAGCACCAAAGACAAAGAAAACAAUUCAAACAUAGAUAAAAAAGAAGAUAGUAACAAAAAAGAUACAAUAGAAAAUGAAAAUGACAAAGAUUCAAAACCAAGACCGUUUCUAAGAUGUGUGAGUCUUGAUAAAUUGAUCAAAAAGAAUGUUGAAAACCCCAAGACAAAAAUUGAUGUAACUAAAAAAGAACUAAAAUCUAAAAACAAAAUAUUUUCUACAAAACAUGAGAAGUCUCCAAUAAAGCAGAGUGACAGGAAAAGAAGAAAGCUUGAUAAAGCACUGACCAGUUCAGAGGAGUCAUCUAAGGAAAACGAAGAAGAAUAUUGGAUUCAGAAAAGGAAAGAGGUGAAACUAUUUAAGCCCAAGAACUUUGUCAUUAAUGUCAAACGGUUACCACAAUUAUCAGAAAAAUAUCUCUGUGAUCAAAACCUCAGAAAAAUUACCCAAAAUGGGUCUGUGGUUUGUGAAGUACAAAUAUUAGAGAAAAAGAAUCAUUUGGAAGAAUCGGACAUAUCAGAUGUAAACACUGCUAAAAAUGCAUUACUAUGCGAUUCUGAUUCAGACAAAAGUAAAGAUUUGGUAGAUACACCUAGGAAGGCAAAAAAAGCACUUCUUCGAGAUUCUGGAUCUAAAAAAGAAGAAAAUCCUCUAUCGCCAGGCCCCAAAAGUGAUGACAAAAGAAAUUCCGAAAGUGAAAAACAGAACAGUGCUUCUGAUAAAGAAGGUAGAAAUAACAAAUCACCAGAACCCGAACCUGUAAAUAAAGUAUCAGAUAAAAACGAUGAAUCAAAAUCUUCUUUACUAAAAGAUUCCACUGAUAAAAACCAUAAAACACCUACCAAGAAGAUAACAAAAAAUGUUAAUACUCCACCUUCCAAAAGGAAGCAUAUCAUGGAAAGUAUGCACGCUAAAAAAAUGUUGUUAACAUAUUCCUCAAGUUCUGACACUGAAGAUGAACAAUUGAGUAAUGUAUUCAAAGAAAUUAGAGAUUCAUUGCUUGAAAUGUCAGGUGAUGAAAGUAAGGAGCAGAAAAUACAAAAGAAUGUGAAGCCGUCCUCAGAUUCAGAUGAAAGUUCUGUUAAGGCUAAGAAAAUGAAAAAGCGUAACACAAGUAAGAAUUCAUUAUCAGAGAAUGAGAAUAAUUCAAAGAAAGAAGUUGUUUCAGAAGAUGCUUUCUUGGCCAAAGAUACAAACAGCCAAGUUGAUCAAGAUACUGAAGAGAUUUCUAAUAGCAGUUUUCAAAAGAUGGGGAGCUCUAAAUCAGUUGGCAGCAGCAGCCAAAAUUCAGAUACUCAAGAGUCUCAUGACAAAGUUAUUGAUGGGCUAACAAACUUAGAAACCCUCUUUAAGAAGAACCGACGGCGGGGCUCCACGUCAACAGAUCGCACACGCAGUUCCAGAAAACCAAGAAACAAAAUGCCCAAAGUGCCCCAAAUCAGCGAGGAGGGCUUCUUGAAGGCUGAAGACAGUUCCGAAGAAGCUUCACUGGCAGAUAGUGAUGUUGGGGAAGAAGUGGAACUGCCUGCUGUGCCAAUAUCAGAUCUGAACGGGGAUGGCAUAGGUCAUCUCGCCAAAGAUGACUUACUGGGGGAAAGUGACUCGUCAAGUUCACACGUUAAGAGUUCACAGGAUGUCAAAGACGAGGAUGACACUGAUGAGGAUGAAGCCGUCAGAGCAAGACGUCGCAACAAGGGGCACGCGACGAUCUCAUCGGACUCUGAAGCGGGCGGCUCUCGCAAGAAAGACCCCAACGUCAAGUUCAGUGACUUCGAGGAGUCGGACGAUGACUCAGUCACUGGCAAAAGGUCGAAACGGAAGAAAAAGAUUAGCGACAGUGACGCGUCCGGCGGGUCGUCCAACGAAGGUAAGAAGAAGCGGCGUCGCAUAAAGAAUAUCGACGACAGCGAUGGUUCCGGCUCCGAAACUGAAAACGAAGGCAGAAACAAGCACGGCAGGAAGAAUAUACGAAGGGUAAUGGGUAAAAACCAACUGGAAGAAGCGACGAAAAAGGCUGCCCGCGAAGAAAAAGAGAGGAUUGCUCGAAUAGCUGAACGACAGAAAUUGUAUAAUAAUUUGGAAUUCGACGAGUCGGGUAAACCAGAUGAAAUUGUCCUGGAUAAAGUUGUUCUAGAUUUCGACCCUGAAACUAAGGAACCACUCAUCGAGGUUGAUAAAGGACUUGUUAAAAAAUUAAAACCACAUCAGGCAAACGGCAUAAAAUUCAUGUGGGACGCGUGCUUCGAAAGUGUGAAACGGAUAAAGAAGGACAAGGGCUCUGGAUGCAUUCUAGCACAUUGUAUGGGACUUGGCAAAACGCUACAGGUGGUAUCACUCACACAUACGCUGCUAAUUCAUAGUGAUUUGACGCGUGUAAACAGAGUGUUAGUCGUAUGUCCGCUAUCAACUGUGCUCAACUGGGUCAACGAGUUCAAGAUCUGGCUCAAACACGCCGUCUCAGACUACGAGGUAGACAUCUACGAGCUGUCUAGGUACAAGCAAAACUCAGAGCGCGCUUGGCAACUGCAGCAGUGGUUCAGUGGCGGCGGUGUGUGCGUGCUGGGCUAUGAGAUGUUCCGCAACCUGUCCGCUGACAACGUCAAGAAGUUCAAAAAGAAGAUGCUCAAGAGCUUUCAGGAGAGCCUCGUGGACCCAGGGCCAGAUUUAGUGGUUUGCGACGAAGGCCACUUACUCAAGAACGAGAAGACAAGUUUAUCGCAAGCCAUGAAUCGAGUAAAGACGCUUCGACGCAUUGUGCUCACUGGUACACCGCUGCAGAAUAACCUCAAAGAGUAUUAUUGCAUGGUGCAAUUCGUGAAGCCGAACCUGCUGGGUAAAUACAACGAGUACCUGAACCGCUUCGUGAACCCCAUCACCAACGGACAGUACACGGACUCCAACGAGCACGACAUACGCAUCAUGAAGAGACGCUCCCAUGUCUUGCAUAAAAUGCUCGACGGAGCCGUGCAGAGGCGAGACUACGGGGUGCUGGCGCCCUUCCUUCCUCCGAAGCAUGAGUUCGUACUCUUCAUCACCCUCAGCGAGGUGCAGAUCAAGCUCUACCAACACUACCUGGACAAUUAUUCCAGAAGACCCCUAGCUGGCAAAUCGUCCGGAUUCCUGUUCCCAGAUUUCCAAUCGCUGCAAAGGAUAUGGACGCAUCCGCUCGUUCUCAAAUACAACUCAGAAAGAUACGAGAUUAUGCAACAGAAAAAGAGAGAAAGAGAAGAAGAAGAUUCUGAAGGCUCAUUAGUUGAUUUCAUUGAUGAUGACUCCACACCUGAUGAAUCGUCAACAGAAGAGUCGUCAGGUAGCUUGUCAGACUUGAGUGACGACAGUCGGAAGAAGAGCAAGAAAAAGAAAGCGACCAAGAAAAGCAAAAAUAAAGGCUCGGCGCGGCGAGGGACGCGGGCAAAUCCCGUUAUUUCAGCGGAAGGCGAGGAAGACGUAAUGGCAGUAGAAAACGACGGGCAAGCGAAGGUAGAGAACCCUACAGAGUGGUGGAUGUCCCUCGUCAGUGAGGACGAACUGGACGACCUGCGGCACUCGCAUAAACUGGUGCUGCUGUUUGACAUACUGCGCCAGUGUGAGGCCAUCGGAGAUAAGCUGUUGGUAUUUUCACAAUCCCUAUACUCGUUAGAUCUAAUAGAACAUUUCCUGGGCAAAGUGGACGAAGCGACGCAAGAGGGCAGGGUUGACGAAAAAUUAAAUGGCCAUGUUGGCUCAUGGUCACCGGGCGUGGACUACUUCCGACUGGACGGAUCGACGUCGUGCGAGAACAGAUCUAUCUGGUGCAAGAAUUUUAAUAGAGAAGAUAAUCCAAGAGCUAGAUUGUUCCUAAUAUCGACCCGAGCGGGUGGUCUGGGAAUAAACUUGGUUGCAGCCAACCGCGUGGUGAUUUUCGAUGUAUCAUGGAACCCCUCUCAUGAUGUACAGAGCAUAUUCCGGGUGUAUCGGUUCGGGCAGAAGAAACCGUGCUAUAUCUACAGGUUUCUAGCUAUGGGCACAAUGGAAGAAAAAAUUUACGAGCGCCAAGUGACGAAGCAGGCCAUAUCAAAGCGGGUCAUCGACGAGCAACAGAUAGACCGGCACUACGCAGAGAACGAUCUAGCCGAGCUAUACAAGUUCGAGCCCAACCCGCCCACACCGCGGGAACUGCCGCCCCUGCCCAAGGACAGGCUGUUUGCCGAGAUCCUGAAGGAGUACGAGGCCCAGAUCUACAAAUACCACGAGCACGAUUCCCUCCUCGAGAACAAGGAGGAGGAAACUCUGACGGAGGAGGAGCGCAAGGCCGCCUGGGAGGACUUCGAGAACGAGAAGACGCGGCCUCCGCCCGUGCCCUUCAACGCCUACAACAUGCACAACGGAAUGGUUCCAGGUCUACUCGCGCAACAGCAACAGCAGUUGGCGUAUGCAGCACUCGCGGCCAUGCUGCGUAAAGACAUGCCCAACAUUAACGACGAUCAGAUCAGAAAUAUGCUACCUCUCAUAUACAACUCUAAUCCAGCUAUGUUCGGUGGAUAUGACUAUGGCUUGAUGCAGAAGAUGAGUGAAAUCUACAAAUACGCUCAGGCGCCUAUGAUGAAUCCUGGAAUGGUUAAUCCAGUGUUAAAUCCUGCGGGCGGCGCGGGCGGCAACAUGGCGCUGGGCGGCAGCAGCGGGCUGCAGUACGAGCCGCCGUGGCAGCGCCAGCAACAACAGCAGCACCAGAUGAACCUGCAGCGCCUCAUGCAGCAGCAACAGCAGCAGAACAUGGGUGCCAAGUACUACGCAGGCGGGCUGGGCAGCCGGGACCCCGUGGCGAUGGCGUUGCAGCAGCAGCGCGCGCGCGAGAUGAUGCUCGGCGAGCGCGGCAGACCCCGCGGCCGGCCCCCGGGCACCACCGCGCCGCGACCCCGCGCACCCCAGCACUCCGGGGACGUCGUCGACCUCGACUCGGACUAGAGCCGCGAUUUCCAGUGUAAGAUUAAUUGAUAAACAAAUGUGUACAGUGAAAGUUAUACGGUGCUACGUUUCGAGCGAGUAGGCUUGGACAUUUGGACACUGGAGUGGCAGUUGAAGUCGAGUCGGCAGGACUGGUCUACUCUACGGCUCAGAUCUAUAGACCACACUUUGACUUUACUCAGACUUGAGUUUCAGUUUAUACCAGCGAUAUAACGGUGUCUCGUUUUAACAGUGUCUUAAGUCUGAGCGAAAUCAAAGUGCGCACUAUAGAUCUCAACAUAGACUAGUAUAUAUUUAAUCAAUUUAAGAACGAUUUUAAAUGUCGCAUUAAUAUGUAACUAGCUGAUGCCCGCGACUUCGUCUGCGUGGAUUUAGGUUUUAAAAUAUCCCGUGGGGUCGCUUUGAUUUUCCGAGAUAAAAAGUAGAUUAUCUUACUCUUUGUCCUUUCUCGUUCUCUAUGCCAAAAAUCAAGUCGAUUGAUUGCUUAGUUGGGGCGUGAAGGAAGGACAAACAAACACUUUCGCAUUUAUAAUAUUAGUAUAGGUUGUUGCCUUCAGGCUUGCAUCACCACCACAUAUCACGAAUCUCAUUUUCAUUUUCUUCUUCACGACGAUAUAAAUUUUUCACUAGAUGUGACGCUUCAUAGUAACAUAUUCCAAGGAACAUCGAUAUCCGAACUGCUGUCAAUCGCAAUCCGCUAGAUGAAGUCCGUUUAUUCUAACUUAGAUAAGUUAAAACAAAUUAUAGCCACUAAAUACACCUAAACCUAUGAUGAUAACGUGAAUAAUAAUUUAGAGUUAUCGUUCAAGUUUCAUUUUUACAAACGGGCUAGGCGCCUUAAGCAAAUUACGAUUGACACGUGUGCGGACACCGAUGUUCGUUGGAACAUGUUACUGUGAAGCACACCAUCUACCCAACUCUAACCUCGAUAGCUCAACGGUUAAAGAAGCGGACUGAAAACCGAAAGGUCGCCGGUUCAAAUCUCACCCGUUGCACUAUUGUCGUACCCACUCCUGGCAUAAGCUUUAUGCUUAAUUGGAGGGGAAAGGGGAAUAUUAGUCAGCAUCUAGUGGAACGUUUAUAUUGUUGCUUCUUCAACUAUUGAUUCUGGUUGUCAGUUUAUUAAAAAAAAUGGUGGUUGCAAUCACAUAUCAUAGAAUCUCUUUCCAUACAGUGCAGCCUGAAGUAUGACUCAAUUUUACUGGCACAAGCUUCAAAUUUUAAUAUAAUUCUAUUUUCUUGAGUAAUUUAAAUGUGCUCAAAGAUUAAGGGUGGAAACAUACAAAACACAAAUAUGGGAUUCGCCAAAUAUUUGAGGUGACCAAGACCCAAAUGGAUUUUGUACUGCUCAUCGAAUAUACUACGAUUUGUUUCGACUUAAUACGCGUCGCGUUGCAUGUUAUAGGUAUGUUUCCAGCUUAACGCUCUAGUUUCCUAAGACAGCGGCCGCUACAUUUUCUAUAAUUGUUUCAACAAAAAUCUUUGUCACUUUAAGGAUCCCUAUCCAUUAGAACUGAGAGCAGCGGGAAAAUGUGUUUUGACUUCAGAGAUGAGAUGAAAAAACUAUUACAUCAUCUAUCAAUGAUCUGCUGCACUGGUCUCCGCUCUGCUUGGAUUUAGUGGUCAGGCAGCUUAACGUCUGUGUCAAAAACUGAACCUAGGAAACUGGAGUUUUAACUAUGUGACUCAGAAAAUGUGUACAACAUGUAGCACUACUUCGGAGCUACUAUAUUUAAUGGGUAUAAAUAAAUACAUAGUAAUUUAGAUGAAUAUUAGGCAGUUUUAUGUGGAUAACAUUUUAGGUUCCCGCAAUAAAAUAUUCAGAUGCAUAGUUGAUGUAAAUAUUUUUAUGUAUUGUAUAAAAGACAUGUUUUAUUCAUUCAAAAUUACUGUGUGUAAAGCUGUAUUUUGGAAUUUUGAGUUAGUGUUAUUUGCAUAAAACUAAAGUUUAAAGCACCUCAUUGGCAUUCAUCAAAAAACUUUAAUAAAUAAAAUAUGUCUAUGGGAGGCUUUAAAAAGUCAGCUUGACGAUUUUAAAUAUAUCUCUCAGUACAGGAAAUUAGUGUAAGCUAUAUUGUAUGUCAGUAGCUAUGUAAUAACCUGUGUGUUGACCGCAUAACCUCUUUCACAAAGUCCUAAUGUCAACCAACAAACAUUAAACCAUUGGAUACCAUAAUAAAUAUAUUACUUCAUUAAGAAUUUAAGGAAUACAUACAAGUCAUGAACUAUCUUCAAUCAUCUUGUCAUAAAUAAAGUAGAAAAUAUGAUUAAGCAUUUUU